UGACGGCGACAUGGCGGUGGUGAGAGGCAUGUUCGGGAGGGAACCCGGCCAGAAUCCGGCGCCAUCCGGCCUGACCGGCGGGCUGGGAGACGCAUCAGCGGGAGGAACGCUGCCGGUAGAGUCCGCGAACAUUCCUCGGUGCCUUUUGGUCGGCCCUAAGGGUAGUGGGAAGACAGCUCUGCUGUUCCAGUACGGGCUGAGUCUGGUGCGCCAAGGUCGCCGCGUGACCUUCAUCUCGCACGAGACGCUCCACACGAUGCCGCUGCACGUCGCCGGCGCAACAAAACCCGAUCCCCUGUCACUCAAACGGCUGCAAAUUCUGUACCUGAACUCCCAGGAGGCCCUGCUGAAGUACCUGUGCUCCAUCCACACACAGGCCCCCCUCCCCACUGCUGUGUUGGUGGAUAAUCUGGACUACUACGUAAACACAGCACAGUUCAGUCAUGUACAGUAA